AGCCGCGGGAGCCAGCGGGCGUGCGGAGCGGCACGCGGCGUAGGAAUUAGCCUCUCUGCGAGUGGCCCCGAGCGGCGGCGGCGGCGCCAUGAGCGGGGGAACCCCUUACAUCGGCAGCAAGAUCAGCCUCAUCUCCAAAGCGGAGAUCCGCUAUGAGGGCAUCCUCUACACCAUCGACACUGAGAACUCCACCGUCGCCCUCGCUAAAGUUCGGUCCUUUGGUACAGAAGACAGACCAACAGAUCGUCCAAUUCCACCUCGAGAUGAAGUCUUUGAAUACAUUAUAUUCCGUGGAAGCGAUAUUAAAGACCUCACUGUUUGUGAGCCACCAAAACCACAAUGCUCUCUGCCACAAGACCCAGCUAUUGUUCAGUCUUCACUAGGCUCCUCUGCUUCUUCAUUCCAGUCAGUGGGCUCCUAUGGACCUUUUGGCAGGAUGCCGGCAUAUAGUCAGUUCAGUUCAAGUUCAAUAGUUGGGCAGCAGUUUGGUGCUGUUGGUGUUGCUGGAAGCUCCUUGACAUCUUUUGGAGCAGAAACCUCAAACAGUGGUACCUUAGCCCAAAGCAGUGCAGUGGGUUCUUCCUUUACACAGGAUACAAGAUCUCUCAAGUCACAGUUAUCUCAAGGUCGUUCAAGCCCUCAGUUAGACCCUUUGAGAAAAAGCCCAACCAUGGAACAAGCAGUACAGACCGCCUCAGCCCACUUACCUACUCCAGCAUCUGUUGGGAGAAGGAGCCCAGUAUCAACCAGGUCUUUGCCAUCUACCAGCCAAAAAGCAAUAGAGAAUCAAGAACACAGGCGAGUUGAAGCACACAAAGUUUCAAGGCCUGAACAAGAGCAACUUAGAAAUGAUAGCAAGAGACAAGUAGUUCCAGGUACUCCUGCUCCAAGGAGAGGGCGCGGGGGCCAUCGAGGUGGCAGGGGAAGAUUUAGUAUCCGGCGAGAUGGUCCAAUGAAAUUUGAAAAAGAUUUUGACUUUGAAAGCGCAAAUGCACAAUUUAACAAGGAGGAAAUUGACAGAGAAUUUCACAAUAAACUUAAGUUAAAAGAAGAUAAACUUGAGAAGCAGGAAAAACCUUUAAAUGGUGAAGAUAAAGGAGACUCAGGAGUUGAUACCCAAACCAGUGAAGGAAAUGCUGAUGAAGAAGAUCCACUUGGACCCAAUUGCUACUAUGACAAAACUAAAUCCUUCUUUGAUAAUAUUUCUUGCGAUGAUAAUAGAGAACGGAGACCAACAUGGGCUGAAGAAAGAAAAUUAAAUGCCGAAACAUUUGGAAUCCCACUCCGUCCAAACCGGGGCCGUGGGGGCUACCGAGGCAGAGGGGGCCUUGGCUUUCGCGGUGGCAGAGGGCGUGGUGGUGGCAGAGGGACCUUCGCCGCCCCACGAGGGUACCGUGGUGGAUUCAGAGGAGGACGUGGGGGCAGGGAAUUUGCAGAUUUUGAGUACAGGAAAACCACAGCUUUUGGACCCUAAAAGGUCUGGAUCGAUGAUACUGCUUUCUGAAAGAAAGACAACAAAGUUGCUGCAUAGUCUACAAACAAGUCUUUGAAACUAGGGGAAUUUCUAGCUCUUUGUGGUCCUGACCGUGGGUUUCAGUCUUUUGACGAAGAUGUGAAUGAAGACAUGCAUUUGCUGUAUAUUUGUCACCAGCACUGGGUUUGGUUUGGCUUGGUUUUUCUGCUUAAUUUGAAAGUUAAGAGUGAAACGUGUGAGAGUUAGAACUCAGCGGGGCAGCCUUGUUUUACUGGGUCUCACGCAUUUUCUGCCUUUGAUAGGUGCGAUCUUACCACUUUUCUAUCACUCUUUUUAGUUGAAAAUGUCUUGAGUUUUUCUUCUCAGGCAGGCUUUUGCCUUACACAGGUUCCAGCUUUUGCCAUUUUUACUGAAUAAUGCGGUUGCUUUGGGGGAGGGAGAAGAAGCUCAUCUUUAAAAAUGAACAUUAAAUAUAUUUGGAAUAGCAGAUUAAGUGAUUUUUUAUGUACAAUUAAACUAAAGCAGUAAUUCAGUAGAACUUAUAAGUAUUUUUUAUUACUGAGAGGAUUUUUCUUAUCACAAAAUUGUAUCUGGCAAUUCUUGCAAGUUGCCUGCGAAUCGGCCGUGAUACUGUGUUUUGAGAAGGUGUGUAUGUGUCUGUCUCUCUCUUUUUUUUUUGAAAUCUUGUAAUAUCCCUUUUGAAAUAGCUCAAUUAAUUAGGGUGCUGGAUGGUAGAGAAUUCUGUCAGUCAACUAUGUACACACAGUAAAUCCUGUUUCUUAGGCAAAGGUGACUUUUUUAUAUAGUUGUAAAAUUCCAUUGUAUCCAUUGCCAAAGAAACAUUAAGAACUUUGUAUAGCUGUAUAAAAAACAACUAAUUUUUUAAAGAAUAAACAUUUUAAAGUCA